GUUAGUAUAAAUAUGGGUAUCUUAAACCAAUUUUAAUCAACUCAGUUCAAGAGUCUGUCUUCCGUUAUCGACAAAGUUUUUCUGUCCAAUUCCUCGCUCCUUCCAUGGCUACCUCUCUUUUCACCACAAGAAAAUCUCAUGUUCUCAUUGCACUAUUUCCAGGCCAAGGCCAAAUUAAUCCAUCUCUUCAGUUUUCUAAACAAUUAAUCAAUUUAGGCAUUGAUGUCACUUUAACUACGAGCCAAACAGCUUUCAGUAAAAUAAAAAAGCUCCCAAACAUUGAAGGGUUAAGCUUUGUUCCUUUCUCUGAUGGCUAUGAUGGCAAAUUCGAAUUAAGCUCAAUUGAUGAUUUCCAUGUGUUCUAUUCUUCUGUCAAGUCUUGCGGAUCAGAAUUUAUUUUCAAUUUGAUCCAAUCCAAUGCAAAAAAAGGUACUCCUUUUUCACAUGUUAUCUACACCAUUAUAAUGGAAUGGGUUGGUUUAGUGGCCAAAAAGCUUAAUAUCCCAUCUACAUUAUUUUGGAUACAACCAGCCACGGUUUUUGAUAUUUACUAUUACAGAUUUACUGAUUAUUCUGAGUAUUUCAAAAAUUCUGAUGUUAAGAAUAAAAUAAUAGAGUUACCAGGAUUGCCACCUCUUUCUCCAGUUGAUUGUCCAUCUUUUGUUUUUGAUAACGUGGAGAGUCGCAAUUGGGCAGUUGAGUCUAUUAAAAAGCAAAUUGAGAUGUUGAAAAGUGAAGAACAUCCAAAAAUUCUUGUGAACACUUUUGAUGCUUUGGAGUUUGAUUCUUUGAGAAUUUUAAAAAAUGUGACUUUAGUGGGAAUUGGACCUUCAAUUCCUUCAAAUUUUUUGGAUGAUAAUUCUUUUCGAGCUGAUAUGAUUGAGAUCAGUUCAACGAAUUAUAUGGAUUGGUUGGAUUCGAAGGCUAAGGGAUCAGUUAUUUAUAUAGCAUUUGGUAGCUAUUCUGAAAUAUCAAGUCAACUGAUGGAGGAGAUUGGUCAAGGAUUGUUGAAAUGUGGGAGGCCAUUUUUAUGGGUGAUUAGGAAAGGUAAAAAUGGUGAACAGCUGAAGGAAAAGUUGAGUUGCAAAGACGAACUAGAAAAACAAGGGAAAAUAGUGAGUUGGUGCUCACAAGUGGAAGUUCUGAAACAUCCUUCUGUUGGUUGUUUUCUAACUCAUUGUGGGUGGAAUUCGACUCUAGAAAGCAUAGCAUCUGGGAUGCCCAUCGUGGCUUGUCCGAUCUGGAGUGAUCAAGUCUGUAACGCAAAACUCAUCCAAGAUGUUUGGAGGAAUGGUAUCAGAGUAAAUGAAGGUGAAAGUGGUGUCGUGGAAAGAGAUGAGUUCGAGAGAUGUAUAGAGAUCGCGAUGGGAGACGGCGAAGAAGGGGAACAACUGAGAAAAAAUGCAAAGAAAUGGAAGGAUUUGGCUAAGGAAGCUAUGAAGGAAAAUGGUUCAUCAAUUGUGAAUCUCAAGACUUUUGCAAAUGAGCUUUUACUUGAUCCUAAUGAGUAAUAAAUUACUCAAUAGAUGACUUCAAUGAAAUAGAUGAUAGUCAAUUUUGUUCUCUAUUU